UGAGCAGCUCCUUCCCCGCCCUCAGCCUGUCCAUGCUGCCCGAGCCGGGGCUGGAGGAUUCCGGGCGACAAGGUCGAUGUGGCCCGAGGGAUUGACAAUUCUUCCGUGUAUUCCACAACACUCCCAGGGAGCCCGUGUCUCUGUGCCAACCUGCAGUGUGAUGGAUGAAGAUGGUCAGAGCCUGCGCCGUCAGAAACUUGACAAUCAGUGGAAUCUUCUCAAACAGAAGCAGAGACGGAAACGGCAGGACAUCCUGAUGGUGCAGGCAAAUCCAGACGCGAAGGUGAAGCCCAGGCAGCCCCGGAAAGCCGAGGAGCAGGUCUCAUUGUUCAAAACGCACAGCAUCAAUCUGCUGUCAGAUCUCUCCUGCAAGAUUCCAGCGGAGGAAGUUGCCAUCUCCCAUCUGCAGUUAGAGUCCCUCGACAAUGGGGAUGGCUCGUUUAUUGACAGAGACAUUUGCGAAGUGGCUAAAAUCAACAGGGAACAAACGUGGGAUCUGGGAAAAGAUAUCCUGGAAGUGGAUGUGGAGGAACUGGAUGAGAAUGGGACAGAGAAUCUGAGAACUUGCUUGGAACUCAGAGAAACAACAAGGACCAAGAGAGCUCAGAAAGUGGGGAAAGGUCAGAGAGCGACAGAACUAAAUAACAAAGGUGGAAUCGCAAUGUUUCAGAGGAGUGAUAAUGAGUUCCUUCAAACAAUGGCUUAAGCUAUAGCUUAAAAUAUAGAUUUUUAUAUCAGAAUUACUCAGCAUAAAAUAGUAACUUCUUAACUUCGAUUAAAUGGACAUUUAACAGCAGAAUUUGUAUUAAAACAUCAUGUGUUGUGAAAAAAAUGAAAUCCAUCACUGGACCACUCUAAGCUGUUCAAAAUUUUAAGAUUCAAAAAUUUAGAAAUUAAUUUAUGAAAUUAAAGAGAUGGCAAGGAAUGGUUAAACCUUUCCUUUCAUUUGAGACAGUGAGGCUUGUGUUCAAAAUCCAGGAUAUCACUCACUGACACCUGUCCAUGAAUCUGGAGAGGGAUAGCACUGGGAGGGAACCCAGAGUGAUCUUAGUCCCAGAGUGUCUGAGUCACUCAGUGACCAAUCAGCAUAUCCCUCUCUCCCUCUCUGACUCUUGAAUUGUUUGUCAGUCUUUCUCACCUUUCUCUCUUUGUAUUUUUAUCUGUGCCCGAGUUUUCUGCCUCUGUCUCUCUCUCUCUCAGUCUCUCCCUCU